AUGCGGGCCGUCAAUUCCCUCCUUCUGCUCCUUGCAGCUUCACUCACUGAGGCCGUGGAAAGUCCACAUAACAAAGCUGCAAAGUAUGCAAAAAGGGCAAACCCACCUGUUCUGACAAAGGAUGCGCCUCGCAAGAGAGACACUUCGCAAUUCUUGACAAACACAACAUCCAAGUUCGCGGUCAAUGGAAGUGCCCUCCCCGAGAUCGACUUCAACAUUGGUGAAAGUUACGCUGGAACCCUUCCAAUUAGCGCAAACUCCAGUGAUCCUAAUCAGUUAUGGUUCUGGUUCUUCCCGUCCUCGAACCCACUGGCCUCGAAAGAGAUCACAAUAUGGCUGAAUGGCGGUCCUGGUUGCAGUUCCUUGGACGGCUUAUUUCAAGAAAAUGGUCCUUUUAUCUGGCAAUCGGGCACUUAUGCCCCGAUCUCGAACCCCUAUUCCUGGACGAAUUUGACCAAUAUGAUUUACAUCGAUCAACCAGUCAGCACUGGUUUCUCUCCUGGGAACAUUCUUGUCAACAAUGAGCAUGAUGUCGCUGAGCAAUUCAAGGGGUUCUGGAAGAACUUUAUCGAUACCUUUUCCUUGCAUGGUUACAAGGUGUAUAUUACUGGAGAGUCCUAUGCUGGGCAGUAUAUUCCCUACAUUGCUUCGGGCAUGUUGGAUACAAAUGAUACCAAAUACUUCAAUGUGAAGGGUGUCCAGAUCAAUGACCCUUCCAUCAACGAAGACUCUACAAUGAUCUAUGCUCCUGUCGUGCCAGCCCUCAAAUAUUACCAGAAUGUAAUUGGUCUCAAUGAGACGUAUAUGGCUGGAAUCGAAGCUCGUGCCGAGUCAUGCGGCUUCACAGCCUUCCACGACAAAUGGACAUCGGAAUUCCCUCCCUCCGGUCCAAUUCCCACCGCCCCAGACUGGACCGUAACAGGCUGUGAUCUUUAUGACGAUAUCUAUAACGCAAUCGACGUGCAAGCCGUAAUCCACGCCCCGCCCACCGACUACUACGUGUGCGGCGCCGGCCCCAACCUGUUCCCGCACGGCGACCAAUCCGUCCCCUCAGCCCUGGGCCCCCUCGCCUCCGUCAUCGAGCGCACAAACAACACGAUUAUCGGGCACGGCCUCCUCGACUUCCUGCUCUUCUCCAACGGCUCCCUAAUCACCAUCCAGAACCUGACUUGGAAUGGGCUGCAAGGCUUCCAGGCCCCCCCGUCCUACACCCAGAACUUCUUCGUGCCGUACCACCAGUCCCUCGGCGAGAUCCUGGACUACGUCAACGGUGCCGUGCCCAAUAGUCCCGUGUUCACCGAUACGGCUGGCGCGGGGUACCAGGGGACUUGGCAUACGGAGAGAGGACUGACGUUCGUGACGGUUAAUUUGGCCGGGCAUGAGAUUCCGCAGUACGUGCCCGGGGCGGCGUAUCGGCAGUUGGAGUUUCUGCUAGGCAGGAUCCCGGAUCUGUCGACGCAGGGGGAUUAUACGACGCAGACGGGGAAUUUCACGGGGACGACGCCGCCGCUGAAGAAGAGGGGUGAGGGUUGGAUUGUCUAA